AAGAAAAUGUCCAAAAUCAUAAUUUAAUUAAGUAAUUCUUGUUUCAGUGGAAUAAAAGGUCCAUCAGGAGAGCCAGGCAGUGUAGGCUUACCUGGCAGAGUGAUUCGACCUGAUUCCCUAACAAGCAACAUGGGCCCAAAGGGCACUCCAGGUAAUCUAGGAUUAAAAGGAUUUAAAGGUAUCCAAGGUGACACAGGCUUUGAUGGACGAGAUGGACCAAAGGGUGUUCCUGGUACAAGCAGGUCAGGACCACCCGGACCAAAAGGGUACCCAGGACAGGUCGGAGAUCCAGGCCGAGUGGGUCCCAAGGGAAACCUGGGCCAGAAUGGCAUUCCUGGAGUACAUGGAAGCCGUGGUAAUAAAGGAGAAGAUGGAGAAGAUGGCAUCAGUGACAAUCCUGGGACACCAGGAUUGCCUGGAAGGCCAGGAGCAAAAGGAGACCCAGGUUUUGAUGGAGGAGCAGGAAGUAAAGGCUUUUAUGGUUUACCUGGAGCUCCUGGUAAUAGAGGAAACAAAGGCGCUCCAGGAAACCUCGGUACUUCAGGCUUCAAGGUGAGAAACAUAAAUGCAUUGCCAAUGAGAUUUAUUUUUUAAGACUCUUUCCAAUAG